CGGCGUGGGAGGAGGACGGGAACGGGGGCGGGAAGUGCCCGGAAGGAGCGAGACAGGGAGGGACAGGGCUGAGGAGAGGAAGGCGAUGCGACGGACAGGCGCACCCACUCAGGCUGACUCUCGGGGUCGAGGUCGGGCCAGGGGCGGCUGCCCUGGGGGCGAGGCGACGCCGUCUCUUCCUCCACCUCGCGGCGGAACCCGAGGACAGGAGCCUCAGAUGAAAGAAACUAUCAUGAACCAGGAGAAACUCGCCAAACUGCAGGCACAAGUGCGCAUUGGUGGGAAAGGAACUGCUCGCAGAAAGAAGAAGGUGGUUCAUAGAACAGCCACAGCAGACGACAAAAAACUUCAGUUCUCUUUAAAGAAGUUAGGGGUAAACAAUAUCUCUGGUAUUGAAGAGGUGAAUAUGUUCACAAACCAAGGAACAGUGAUCCACUUUAACAACCCUAAAGUUCAGGCAUCUCUGGCAGCAAACACUUUCACCAUUACAGGCCAUGCUGAGACAAAGCAGCUGACAGAAAUGCUCCCCAGCAUCUUAAACCAGCUUGGCGCAGACAGUCUGACCAGUUUAAGGAGACUGGCUGAAGCUCUGCCCAAACAAUCUGUGGAUGGAAAAGCACCACUUGCUACUGGAGAGGACGAUGAUGAUGAAGUUCCAGAUCUUGUGGAGAAUUUUGAUGAGGCUUCCAAAAAUGAAGCAAACUGAAUUGAGUCAACUUCUGAAGAAGAUAAAUCUUGAAGAAGUUACUGGGAGCUGCUAUUUUAUAUUAUGACUGCUUUUUAAAAUUUUGUUUAUGGAUCUGAUAAAAUCUAGAUCUCUAAUAUUUUUAAGCCAAGCCCCUGGACACUGCAGCUCUUUUCAGUUUUUGCUUAUAUACAAUUCAUUCUUUGCAGCUAAUUAAGCUGAGGAAGCCUGGGAAUAAAGUUUGAAACAAAGAUUAAUAAAGUUCUUUGCUUAGUAUACGGUUUUAUAUUUUAUUUCAUUGAUACUGAUUUCUACACAGAAAGCAAAAUUGUUUAUAGAAAGCUAAUCAUGGCAUGUAAUAUGACUGGUAAUCAUGGAUGGAAUCUGAUUAAAGAUUUAAAAUGACAGUAUAAGUAUCAAA